AUGAGCGAGAAUUCCUUGACACGAAGCACGAGCUUGCUCGUUAAGUUUUCGAUCUUUCUGGCGAUCCUUGUUUUGGGAGUUUCCCGUGGUUUUGACUUGGAGUCAAUAGUACCAAGGAAUACAGCUGGACCUAAUGUAUACAUUGGUCCUGCUUCCGUCAAAGAGUGUGAUGAGGAACUUGGUAUUACCUCAGGAGUCAAUCUAGUACCAGAUAGUCGCAUUACAGCAUCAAGUCAUGACAGUAACUACCCACCUCAUGAGGGUCGUCUGUUUUCACAGAAAUGGUGGCAGCCAGCCAUACAUGAAAGGGGUCAAUUCUUGAUGGUUGAUCUACAGCGGUUGACAGUUGUUACAAAAUCCGCUGUCCAGGGUGGACAAGAAAUAGGCGUCAGUAGUGCCAGAGUACUGUCAUACUUUAUUUAUUAUAGUAUUAAUGGAGACGAUUGGUAUCCUAUUCUUGAAAAGGAGCAUGUUAAGUUGUUCAGUGGAAAUAUCAUCAGCAGUGAGUUUACUUCAAUAAACAUUUUUCCUGGGCCUGUCAUGGUUCGUUUUGUAAAGUUUUAUCCGCAAAGUUGGCGUAUCUUUAUUGCUUUGCGGGUUGAACUGUAUGGUUGCCCAACAGGUUUUGACCCACCACUUGGAAUGAAUUCCAGAGAACUUAUUGAUGGAAGAAUUUUAGCAACAUCAAUAGAGAGCGCAAUCUACAAAGCCAGUUAUGGCCGACUUCUCCUUAGUAUUGGUGGAGGUGGCUGGUGUGCAAGUCUUCAAAAUACUGAACAGUAUUUAGAAAUCACUUUAAAAACUCAACAAGGGAGUUCAUUCCUAGUAACAGCUCUGGCCACACAAGGGGUAUUGAGUAAAAACAGCUGGGUCAAGUCAUAUUACUUUUCGUAUAGCAUGAUCAGUGCACCGUCGUGGAUUUAUUACCAUGAUCAUAACGAGAAAAAGGUAAAUGUAUUGAGCCAUACUGUACGAUCACUGUCUUUCAUUAUAAGAUUCCUUUCUGUUUUGCAGCUUUUUGUUGGAAACCAAGAUGAAAACACUGUGGUCAAAAACCAUUUCAUGGGCUUUGUUUUGGCUAGCAAAAUACGUAUUCAUCCACAAACCUGGGAAAACAGUAUUUGCCUUCGAGCUGAAGUUUAUGGCAUUGAUUAUCAUAGUAAGUUAACUUUGAUUUUCAAAGUUUGCCAUUUAUUUGAAUACUCACUCAGUCUGCCAGUACACUUGGUGAAGUAUCUUUUUAUCCUGUUUUGUGUUUCUUUUAUCAAACUGUGGGCCCAUAAUAUUGGUCAGGUUCAAGUAAUUGCUGGGUUUUUAAGGGAGGGAGAAAGGAAGGUCAAGGAAGGAAGCAGGGAAGCAGGGAAGCAGGGAAGCAGGGAAACAGGGAAGCAGGGAAGCAAGUCUUGAGUAUGGAUGUCUUGAGUCUUGAGUCUUGAAUAUGGAUAUUUUCAGUAACUACCUGGGAAUGACUUCCAGACUCUUCACAGGCAGCCCAAGCUCACGAUGCAAGGAGUUAUUAUUUAUUUUUUUAAUCUUUAUGCGAAGGUUCAGCACAUGAAACAUGACAUAUUGACCGCUGACAUCUACUAUUAUAUAACCACCGAUUUUGGUUAUGCGAAACGUGACCUUCGCCUUGCUGAAAUUUUGAUAUUUUUGCAAUAAAAAUGACUUACCUCAAUGCCUUGUUGUCUUUUCUAUUGUCAUCUCGCUUCUCAGCUCAAUCCGAAGCCUUUUAAGUGAGUUAUCGCUUUUUGUUUUUCCUUAGUAGAGGAAAAACAAAAAGCAAUAUAAAAAGCGAUGUAAUAGUAGAUGUCGGCUGUGAAUAUGUCACGUUUCACGCACUGAACAUUCGAAUAAAGAUUAAAAAUAAAUAAACAAUAACUCCUUGAAUCGUGAGCUUGGGCCGCCUGUGGAUUCUUUAAAGUUUUUCAAAGUCAUGAUAUAUUCAUUGGUGUUUUCUUGGUUUAAUUUGUUUAUUCUUCAUGUUUAGUUGUACAGUAAAUCCACAGACCUAAUUUACAUAUUUUGGAGUAGAUUAUUAAUGAUGAAAAACUACUUUUGUUCAGAGUUUAAAGACUGACUUUUAACCAGUCCCGGACAUUUGACUGAGAAAAUGGAG